GUUAGUGUGCUUUAGUUACGCACUGUAUGACCACCAUAGAUUUAGCACUUUUUCAUGAAGAUAAUAUAGUAUUGUGCUUGAGUGUCGGAAUUGUGAUAAUUUUUUCCAAAAUCAGUUUAUAUCAUCAUUGUCUCUUGUUUCUUUUCUUUAUCCAGUUAAUGGAAAUUGAGAGGAUGGUGACUGAAUCUCAGAGACUGGUCAACAAUCUAAGUCAAGUGGAGGAGGAGAUGAACCGAGUGAGUUGCAUUGUAGAAGACCAAGCUUGGCAAAACUUGAUAAGAAUAAAUGAAGUGAUAAGAAAUUUCCAAGACGAGUGCUUUGUCCGCAAGGUUAAAAUGUUGGUUAAUCAGCGGAGGAUGAAACGAAAGAGAGUGAAGAAAAGAAAGAAGUUAAUACAACUCGAGAAGAAAGAGCAGAUAAAGGCAAGACAGGAAGAGGAAGACAAAAUUGAUGUGUGGAGAGAGAAGUUAGCCCUGGAGGAAGAAGAAAAAAGAAGAGAAAAAGCUUUUAAGGCAGAGGCAGACAGUAUCUUGGGAGAAGUGCGUCAGAAACAACAUGAAGCGUUAAGGAUGCAACAGUUGCUGGAAUCCCUCAUCACUCUACGCUUGACUCGUAUCAACAAAGGUGCUGCUCAUGGGUACAUCUCUUCAUCUAAGAAUGACCAACAUUUUGCUUCCACAAUAAUAAUGUUUGUGGCCUGUUAGACCAAUACACAGUGGACCCUCAACCAAUGAUGGCAUCGACUAACAAUAAAAUCAGGCAAUGAUGAAUUUUGCGUAAAAAU